AUGAUCGGCUACACUACGUACGAAGGAACGACAGAGUUUCCGGGACCAGUGAACACCACCGCCGAACUAAAAGAAUACCUCAGCUCAACAACAACCCACGGGUGGGCCCUCGACGAGCGCGUCGUAUCCGAGCUCCUCAAACUCUACCCCAACAACACCUCCUUGGGGAUCCCAUCAUCCGAAGAACUCGGCGGCAACGUCACCUUCCCACAGACCUACGGUUAG